AUAUAAUUAGCCUCAUUGUGCCUCUCAUUUAGCUCUCCCCGCACCUCUAUUAUAUACCUGCUCUGUUCGUGUGUUUGCGUGCGUGUGUGCGUGUGAGAGAGAGAGAGAGAGAGAGAGAGAGAGAGAUGGGUUCUUUUCUUCCUGCCUCAGCUGCUGGAAUGGCAGCUCUGCUCGUCAGUUUUUGUGCCAAUGUCCUAUUACUGCCAGAGUUCGUCGUCACUACAAAUGCAAGCGUCACCAGAAGCUACACAUUCAACAUUAAGUUACAGAACGUGACGAGAUUGUGCCAGACAAAGAGCAUAAUAACCGUGAACGGCCGUUUCCCUGGGCCGCCGGUGGUGGCGAGAGAGGGCGACCGCCUCGUCAUUAAGGUGGUUAAUCAUGUUCCCAACAAUGUAUCCAUUCACUGGCAUGGGAUUCGGCAGCUUCAAACCGGUUGGUUCGACGGACCGGCUUACGUAACCCAGUGCCCGAUACAGACGGGUCAGGCCUACACCUACAACUUUACAGUACGCGGACAGAGGGGAACUCUCCUUUGGCAUGCCCAUAUCUCCUGGCUCAGAGCAACUCUGUAUGGACCCAUCAUCAUCCUCCCCAAGCGCAACGAUUCUUACCCCUUCCAGAAGCCUUACAAGGAAGUCCCCAUCAUUUUUGGGGAGUGGUGGAACGUAGAUCCAGAGGCAGUAAUAAGCCAGGCGCUGCAGACGGGUGCAGGUCCAAAUGUUUCGGAUGCGUACACCAUUAAUGGUCUUCCCGGACCUUUGUACAAUUGUUCUUCUAAAGAUACGUUCAGGCUGAAGGUCAAGCCCGGGAAGACGUACCUACUGCGCCUGAUCAACGCUGCAAUCAAUGACCAGCUCUUCUUCAGCAUCGCCAACCACACCUUCACCGUGGUCGAGGCCGACGCCAUUUACCUCAAACCCUUCCACACCGACGUCCUCCUCAUCACCCCCGGCCAAACAACCAACAUUCUUCUCCAAACCAAACCCUACGUCCCCAACGCCACCUUCCUCAUGACCGCCCGCCCUUACUUCACCGGCCUCGGCACCAUCGACAACUCCACCACCGCCGCCAUCCUCCACUACAACAGCCCCUCCCAGCACCACAACACCAAACUUCCCCUCCUCAAACCUACCCUCCCCCCCAUCAAUGCCACCGCCGCCUUCGUCGCAAAUUUCACCAGAAAAUUUCGCAGCUUGGCCUCCGCCAAGUUCCCGGCGAACGUGCCCCGAACGGUGGACAAGAAAUUUUUCUUCACGGUGGGCCUCGGGUCGAGCCCCUGCCCGGCGAACUCCACUUGUCAAGGACCCAACGGCACGAAGUUUGCCGCCGCGGUGAACAACGUGUCCUUCGCGCUCCCGUCCACGGCGCUUCUGCAGGCUCACUUCUUUGGCCAGUCCAACGGCGUUUACACGGCUGAUUUUCCGGUUAACCCGCCAGUGGCUUUCAACUACACGGGAACGCCGCCGAAUAAUACGUUCGUGACCAACGGGACGCGGGCCGUGGUGCUGCAAUUUAACACGAGUGUGGAGCUUGUGUUGCAGGACACGAGCAUUCUUGGGGCGGAGAACCAUCCUCUGCACCUUCACGGAUUUAAUUUCUUUGUUGUUGGGGAAGGGUUGGGCAACUAUGAUCCGAGUAAGGACUCUGCCAACUUCAACCUAGUGGAUCCAAUGGAGAGGAAUACCUUCGGCGUGCCGGCCGGUGGGUGGGUUGCAAUUCGCUUCCUGGCGGACAAUCCAGGCGUGUGGCUCAUGCACUGCCACUUCGAUGUCCACACAAGCUGGGGCUUGCGGAUGGCGUGGAUUGUUCUGGAUGGCCCCCAGCCCAAUCAAAAGCUGCCGCCACCGCCGUCCGAUCUUCCCCAAUGCUGACUUUGACUGUCAAGUCCGAUCAUUGGCGUCGCAAUUUUUUUUUCUGAGUGCCUGUAUUAUCUUAAAUAUAAUUUCUUCUCUCUCUUAACUUAUACAACUUUAAAAUUCUUUAAUUUGCUGGCCAGGUGCAUUGUGUGUGUGUGUGUGUGUGAGAGAGAGAGAGAGAAAGAGAGAGAGAGAGAGAGAGAGAGAGAAAAGGGGGGGGGGGGAACAUGGAAGCUACAGAUUGACUUCAACUGUUGAUGAGAUGGUUGAAUGACUUUCACCUACCUAUUGAUAUUCUACAGCUACCAAUUUCAAACCUUCCAAUUUAGAUUUAUAUGAAUUCAAAUAGAGCAUUAUAAAUUCAAA